AUGGAUAUUGAUAACCACUCAUUAAUUAAUCAGAGUUCCUCGAAUACUGAAAAUGGACGCAAAGAAAUUUCAUUUGGAGAAAACAGAAAAGGAAGUGAACCAUCAUCCUCUUCAGUAUCUACAAAUACUUCACAAACCUUCAUGGAAGAAGAGAGAGAAAAUGCUAUUGAUGAUGUUUCGGAAGCAAAUUUACACUUAACAGAACAUCAGUCACGAAGUCAGACUCGCAACAACAAACUCUCUGACCCACUUUGUGUGCAUAACUGUAAUGAUCGUUUACCACCGCUUGAAACGGAGCAGCAGUUUCGUACUGCAGUUACAAGAUGUGCAAGAGGAGGCGAUUCUAUGGAACGCAAUUCUUCGCACGUUGACACGGGAGUGGCACGAGAUGUACCAAAUAUAUCUCCUUUAAUGCUCAAGACCAAACCUGUUAUCAUAUCCUCAUCUCCGGUAAUGAAGACUUCCUCAUCUACAAAAGCAAAAGGUGUUGAAGGUCGAAGAACUGCUACUGAAGUUGAUGCUUUCUUUACUCGUCUUAGUACGCCAAAAUGCAUUAAGGGUUCACUUACAUUUUUUCGACUCUCUUCAAUCAAAUAUUUGCAGUUUGUUAAUAUUGUAUGGUCUUGUAAUAAAUUAUUUCUGCUUUUAGGGAAAGUUUCAAAGGAGAAAAAAAUUGGAGACCGUGUUCAACAAGUGAGUGUAGCACAAAGACGCAGAUAUGAAGCAACAAAAGGACUCUCUGUGAACGUUGUUCGCACACGAAGUAAUUCUGCUGUGCGUUCUGGGAGUCAUUGUUCAGGUGUUGGAAAGUAAAAAUUGCUGAUCAGGACUCUCAAAGUUUGAUGUUUUAUUUUUGAUCCUGGCUGCUAAACUUAGCAUUCUUAGGAAAUUUUUUUCGUUGGAAAUUGUACUUUACAUAAUUCUGCUUUCCAAAAUAAUUCAAAUGAUUUGAAUUGCUGGGACUUCAUUAGGCUUGGUGCAUAUUAUGGAAGUGUUAUGCAGCAUUCCUUUUUUCAUGCGUUUUCAAGGCUCUCAGCUGAAAUAUGUACCUGAUUUUGUUUGUCAUUAAUUCAUUAUGUCACUCAAUGAUC